UGCUGUGUUUAGUCGAGGAUGCUGCUUAGGAAAUGACAGCUGUGGAGAGGAAUCUACUAGAAAGGCCGUUUGAGGACAGGUUUUUAUCAGCACGAUCGUGUCCUAACAGUACAAAGGUCUACAGGCUGUCUUGACUGACUGACAGAUGCCUUCACCAUGAUGCUGAGCUGCAGCACGCUGGUCGUCGCCCUCUUGCUGUCCCAGGCCACAAGCUUCCUGAACCCCUCGGAGGACGACGGUGUCCCUGAAGAGUGGGUGCUGCUUCAUGUGGUUCAGGGCCACAUCGGGGCUGGAAACUAUAGCUACCUGCGCCUCAAUCACGAUGGGAGAAUCAUCUUGCACAUGCAAAGCCUCAAAGGAGACGCAGACCUGUACGUGUCGGAUAAAACCCUGCAUCCGAGCUUCGACACGUACAAGCUGCAGUCGGCCACGUGCGGCCAUGACGUGGUGGUGGUGCCGGGAGACUUCACGAGACCAGUGGGCAUCGGCAUUUAUGGCCACCCAUCUCAUCAAGAGAGCGAGUUUGAAAUGCGAGUUUUUUAUGAUCAGACGGUGCCUCAGGACCCGUUUGAUAAGGGCUCAUACUCUUCAGAAGAUGAACAUAAGGGAAAGAAAUCCACUCAGACAGCCGAGGACUUUGAGGAGGAAGAGUCAAUCAUUUGGACUAUACUGAUUGGUAUUUUGAAGAUUAUACUUGAGAUUCUAGUAUAAGAAGAGGUUCUUUUUUGCUGCUGUGACAGCAAGAGAGGAUUCUGUUCUUAGUUCAGCCAGCCUUUCAUUGUUAAAGGGUAAGAAUAUGCACCUAACCCUGAGGGAAUUCUUUCAUUUAAGCAAUUUGUCCUCAUAAUACAAAGGAGAUUCUAAAGCUUGAUGGAUCGCUUAAUUCACCAGUCAGCCCUGACCAAUCCAAGAAUGUUUCACAAAAUCAUAUGUUUGGUAAUAAGGAAGUAACCAUCACCCUGUUAGACUGACCAGGGUGUUGCUUUGCUUUGUUGUCCUCUCAAGAGAGAAUGAAAUGAUGUGAGGUAAAGCUCAGGGUCUGCAUUUGGAUGUUAUUGGCACCAGUUGAAACAAAAUUGCAAAAUGGGACUAUUUUUGAAGUCUAAAAAGAUGGAUCUGGAUUUUGAAGUUUCUCUAAAUGCAGCACUCACAUGUUCGUCACUGUAACCAUUCCUUGUCCUGUCAUGAAGUAGCCACAUAACUGUAAAGUAAUUACAUUGUAAAAGUUUGCUGUAAGAAUCUGCAGUCCACGUUCUGAGUAGAAACAUGUUUUAAAUUUCAGCUGAAGUUCAUUUUAGGCCAUUAGGCAACUUAUACUGCCACAGACUCUCCUCAGACAUGAACCCCUUUUCAGUUAACCUGACAGCAGUUCAAUGUAAACAAUCACACUGCUUAGUUUUCAGUAAAUCGCAACAGCAGACGUAGUUACACUGCUGUGUUUGAAUCAAUGCCCACACAAGGUUACGGUGUACUGAUACAGCACAGCUUUAGAAGACCAUCAGACCUUUAUGAUUUAUUUUUGAGUUGUCUGCUCAAAAAAGAACUACAGCACAUGAACUAAGUUUAAAAAGAGAGCUGGAGAGAAGUUCAAACGCUGCCUCUGCACCCCUGGCCCAUCACCAUGUCAAACUAGGCACGGUUGUCUUUGGUGUUGCGGUUUGGGAAGUUACAAACAUGGUGGAAUGCAGCCUCCCUGAUUCAGCUGACAGAGAAAGAGAUCAGACACACUAAGCAAUAUUCUAAUUGUUGUGUAAUAGUGAUGCUGCUCUGCUGGUUUUUCCACAUUGGACUGUGCAGACCUUGUGGAAGGAGUCUGAGCUAAGCCAACUCAUCAGCACAUUGCAGUUCACAUCUUGACAUUGGCUUCUGUCUAUUUACAAUUUGUAGAAUCUCCUGUGAUCAAAUCUGUUUUGCUUAGAACUUCAUUUUUUGUAGUAAAUCUUGUAACUCGGGGUGAGGGCUCGUAUGUUACCCAGCAGAUGUUUGCAGUUUGGUCUCAGUCUUUAUUUACAUUCCUUAUGUAUCAGCUGAUUUAUUACUCAAGCAAUAGUGGCUGUUCUCACUCAGGCCAGUACAGAUUGGAUUAAUAACAAUUUUGUAGUCUGGGCACAAUCGUACUCUGCUCGAAACAUAGAGGACACUGGUGUAAAACUAUUGCAGCACAUCCCAUAAACCGUAGUGUUGAAUUAACAGGCAGUAACCUUUUCAAGAUUACAAUAAAUGAUGAAAGAAAUUCUUAAGGAGGCAUUUAAAUGUAAUGUAAUGUCAAAAGUACGUUUAAAUCUUUGUGCAAUUCGGCUGUUGUCAGUUUGACUUGAUCUGCUCUCAGUUUGUAACUUACUUGAUGUGUAGUUUUUGUGCUGAUGCUAUGAGAUCAGCCGUCAUCUGGACGUGGUGGGACUCCUCCCAACAGUGGACUCUUUCUCUCAGAGAUUUUUUCAUGCACUGACAAAUUAUGAAACAAAGUAGUUACAAGGAUUGAAACCUAAAACACUGUAUUUCAACUGUAUGCUUCUAUAUUGUAACAAGUUUUCCUGCCAGCUGGUAUAAUUCAAAUCCUGGCCGCAGUGAAGGAGGCAAAUAUAAAAGCUGGUUUUCCUUCAGGUGAAAAGAAACUUGGUUUAGGGCUUGAUUUGAGGCAUGCAGAGGCCUGCAGCCAAACUGUGGUUUAUCUUUGAGCUACAAUGGACAGACACAUCCAGCUGUAUGCCAGCAUUAAGACACACACAUUAAAAGCUUCAGCUGAACUUGACAUUUUUUUCACAGAACGAAGACUGCACCUGCUUAUCUUUGACAGUGUAUUCACGCUUUGAGGUAACGGCUGGUUGAAGAAAGGUCACAGUGAUGACAAACUUUCAACAUUCACAUGUUGUGUUAUUAAUGGAUUAGGACAGACUUAAAAAUCUGAACCUGUCAAACUUUUCACAAACCUUCAAACAGGUUACUGAUGUGGCUGAGUCUCUCCUCAACCUGUGAAUGAAUGACACCACCUGUCUGUCUUAACACUGCUAUCCACACUAUAUGGGAUCUGUGUGGGUCUAAAUGUCCAAACUGAGCAAUACAGUUAUUGUUGGUGGUUUUGAGAUAUGAGGUCCCGACAGGGUGGGUUUAUUGUUGGAUAUAAAGGAAGACCUGAACGGUUUCAAAAGUACAAGGAUGAUUUUCACCAAAGCAGACUGUCAAUUUUUAUUUUUUUCAUUUGCGCUUUCUUUAAUUUCGACUCCAAAUGGAUACAUCCGGUUUGUUAAAAGAUUGCUAACAAGCGGUUAGCCUGAGUAGCAACAUUUUGUUGGAUUUGUUCUUGCCUGUUGGACAAGCUCCUGAUUUCAACAUCACCUCCAGCGCUGGAGUUCAGUUAUGAGUAAACUUGUUACCACUGAGCAGAAAUGUUCAACAGUGCCUUCAGAUCAGUCCUCGGAACAGCCAAGCAGCUUUCCUGUUUCUAGAGACGAUUUAUUCAGGUUUCCAAAUAAAGCAAAAUAUUGUUUUGCA